AUGGCAGUGCAUGCACCGAGUCCGAGGGCAUUGUCUCCUUCCGCUGCUGAACUUGAGGAAAUUCUGAGCUUUCUCCCGCCGAAUGCCGUCAGGUGGGCAGAAUCUGACUCCAGUCCAUCUCCUUCGCACUCAGAAGCUCGCCACCGGGCGAGCGCUUCAAAGCAAGCAUCUGCUCCGGAAGGGCACUUCAGACUUGCGUGCCCUCACCGUGCCGAGCUUCCAGCGGAACUUCCCUUUGAUAGCGGUCCACGGGGGCAUCCAGCUUUGCCAUUGUACGCCUUGGCACGAUCCACUGCCGUGGCUCGCAAGACUAGUCUGGAUCAUGCGGCGAGCUCUGGAGAAGGUCUGCGAGUUGAUUGGGCCGACCCCUGUCCAAACAAGUCCUUCCCAGCAAUUCGCCAUCCAGCACCACGCGGACGCCCUUUGCGGAAGUACUUCAGCAGUGUUACUUUGACGGAAUCUGCGCGCAGCCAGGAUGGUGGCUGUGUUCCAGCUGCGGACGUGGCUGACGCCCCCGCUUUGGCUGCAGGACCACCUGCAUUUCCUGGUCGGGGUUUGCGCCGUUACGUGAAUCCCGUCCGGGAUGCUGAAAAGAGGGAAGCCCCCGAGACUCAGAGUCCGAAAAGUUUGAAAAGCUCCGAGGGAUUUCCAGAGGUCUUCGCCGGAUUCAGUCGCAGCACAGACCAGGAAGGUUUGGAUAAAGCUUCAUGGCCGGCAUGGCGGUCAAGCUCAAAGGCAGCCUUGGCGGACAUGCGGCAUCCGCCACGAAGCCGGCUGCGCCGACGGCCAGAGUCUGCUCCGUGCAUCAGCUCUCUGCUGAACCCGACGUCUUUGCGCUCCUCGGCAGGCGAUGUGAGUGCAGUGCAGGCAGAAGCUGGCACGGUGGGAGGAGCAGGCGAUGUGGAGGCAGUUCCACGCGCUGGGCGACUUUGUGCAGAGGAUGCCAUGGCCAGGCCUUUGCCUGCAGCCACGACAUCCGAUUGUCUUCCACAGCUGGCUGCCUGGACGAUGUUUGCCAAGCAGUUCCGAGGCCACUCUGGUGGGCCACUUGAGCUCAUUGCACGCUUGCCGUGCAAGCGAUAUGCUUUGCCAAAAGCCAAAGGCAUGCAAGACAUGCCCUACGUGCUGAAGGAGCCCUAUCCUGCAGCUCCGUCGGAUAGCUUGUGCUCGAACAUAUACAACAUCAACGCGUUGAUCGCAUCUCGCAGACGUGCAUUGUCGAAGAGCGGCAUCGUGGAUGCGAUGUGCUGA